CUUGACAUUUAAGUCCUCUCCCCAAGUUGCUUUUGAUGCUGGUGUUAAUCGCAGCCGUAGCAUGCAGCAUGCAAACUAAGACACGGCCCUCAAGCUCAGUGAUUUGGGUCGCAGCACAGAGACCCUUUCCCAGGAGGAGCAGGCUCGUCCUCCCUGUGUGUGUGUGUGUGUGUGUGUGUGUGUGUGUGUGUGUGCGCGCGCCCGCGCGCGCCCGCGAUCCGGCAGGUGAGUAGGCAGGUACGCCGCUGCCCCGCCCUCAACCGGCAGAGGCGAGGCCGGGGCACGCCCUCGGCUGCUGGGUGACUUAGGGGACGCGCGCGGCAAACAACCUGGCCUCAGAGUGGCAACUGACAAAGGCGGGGGCGCGCCCUGCGCGUGCACGGCAGGCAGCAGAGCCUCCCAGGGCCGUGCAGCCGGAGCCCGGCGGGCGCCGAGUGACACCGGAGGGCAACCGGCGCGUGCGCGAACCUGUGAACAUGGCUGACUCUGAAGCAGAGGAGCCCUCCUGCAGGUCAGAGAGCCCUGAGGUGGAGGGCAGGAGCGCUGAGGACAGGUCACUGCUCCAUCAGAGGCUGGCCAUCAGAGAGCUCAUUGACACAGAGUUCUCCUACUUGCACAUGCUCCGACUCUGUGCCUCUGACAUCAGGAGCCACCUACAGCAGCUGCCACCAGGAGAUCUGGAUGUCCUGUUCUCAAACAUUGAUGACAUCAUCCAAGUGAGCAGCAGAUUCCUUCAGGGACUGCAGGAGACGGCCUGCAAGGAAGAGGAACAGGCAUACCUGAUCGGUAACUUGUUCCUGGAAUUCCAAGAGGAGUUUGAACAAGUCUACAAAGUCUACUGUGCCAACUACGACCAGGCCCUGCUGCUGGUCAAGGCGUACCGGGAGGAGCCGGAAUUGCAGAAGAUGAUCCAGAGCAUCAUUGAAGCAGCAGUGCCUCAAGCUGGACCUUCAGGUCUCAGUUUCUUACUUGUAAUUCCUCUGCAGAGGAUUACCAAGUACCCCCUCCUGCUGCAGAAAAUCCUGGAGAACACACCUAUGGAUGCCAGUGCCCACCCUGUCCUUCAGAGAGCUACUUCUGCCCUCCAGGAUGUGAACAGCAAUAUCAACGAAUACAAGAUGCGCAAGGAAGUGGCUUUAAAGUACACCAAGGUGGAGCAGCUGAGCCUCCGGGAGCGGCUGGCCCGCAUCAACACACACACUCUUUCCAAGAAGACCACCAGACUGAGCCAGCUGCUGAAGCAGGAGGCGGGGCUGGUACCCAGGACAGAGGACAAGGAAUUUGAUGACUUAGAGGAGAGAUUCCAGUGGGUGUCUCUGUGUGUGACGGAGCUGAAGAGCAAUGUGACUGCCUACAUGGAUAAUCUGGAGGCUUUUCUCAGCUUCCGGCCACACGAAAGGAGUCUGGACAUCCCCGGAGGACCUGCAGAGCAAUACUGCAGCCUAGCAAGGGACCUUCAGCUGGGGGCAUUCCUGCACUUUAAGCAGCGACUGAAAGGCUUGGUAUGGCAACCACUGUGCAGCCUGGCCAGAGCCCUGGCUGGCCCUCAGAACUUGAUCAAGAAGCGUCUGGACAAAGUCUUGGACUUUGAGCGAGUGGAAGAGAAACUGUUGGAUGUAGGCAGUGUGACCUACGAGGAGCAGGCGGCCCGGCACACGUACCAGGCACUCAACUCCUUGCUAGUGGCCGAGCUCCCACGGUUUAACCAACUAGUCAUGCAAUGGCUGAGCCACAUCCUGUGCACGCUGGUGGUCCUCCAGAAGGACCUGGCCGAUCAGGUGCUACGAAGGGCAGAGAGCAGCAUGGUCCAGCUGCCUCACCACCAUGUCUCAGAGCCGGACUUCCAGAAGCUGCUGGAGGGCACACUAGGCCAGACCAGCAGCCAGCUCCGCCUCUUUCAAGAGAACUUUGAGAAGGUGCUACCACCUCCCACCACUCAGCCGCUCCUCCCAGGCUCUGAACACCAGCUUCAGGCUCUCCUGACCAGAUACAGCCCCGGGAAGCUAUACCAAGUGACGGGCAACAUCAAUGGGGCUGCGACUCUGGACCUGACACUGCCACGGGGCCACAUCGUGGCCCUUCUACAAAACAAGGACACCAAAGGCAACCACAGUCGCUGGCUGGUGGACUCAGGGGGUCAUCGGGGGUACGUACCAGCAGGAAAACUUCAGCCAUACCACCACAUCAUUCCCAGCGAGAAGGAGCCCAGGGGCCAGACAGACAUACAGGAAGACUACUGGCAUCCAACUACAGAGCCCACCCAACCCUCUGUCCCCACUGUCCCAGCCACAACCCAGGUGGUGGCAGCAUACCCUUUUGUGGCCAGAAGCACCCAUGAACUGAGCCUACAGGCAGGCCAGCCUGUAACCAUCCUAGAAGCCCAGGACAAGAAGGGGAACCCAGAAUGGAGCCUGGUGGAAGCCAAUGGACAGAGGGGAUAUGUGCCUUCCAAUUUUCUGGCCAGGACCCCGAGCCCAACUCCCUGGGGCUGGAGUCUGCCCUCCUAGCAUGCCCUAAAGAGAGCCCCCCAUUCCCGACAAAAGGGAGAGGCGUCAAGGCUGGGUGACCUAGCGGGCAUGACUCGAAGCACGGUGGGAAUGGGAGAGGUGUGAAGGGCAUUCAGAAGGCAGCUGGAAGUGGUGACUGGGCCUUACAGAAUGUCUGGUGUGGGUGGCCACAGUGGGUGGUGCCAGCAUUGUCUUGUCUACACAAGGAAGCCAUCUAUCUCAAUGCCACAGCUGAUCAGUUAGGGCUUGCCACAGCUCAAAGCUGGUCCCACCUGUGCCUCUUGCCUCUUUCCUGUCUCGGAUGAAUGUUGCCUGUGUGUCAGGUCGUUGCAGGUCAGGGCACCCCUGAAGAAGAGCUGCCUGGCUUGGUAGCACGCUUCCCGCAGCACUGCCAAGAGCUACCAUUGCUCCCUAGCCAAUCUUUCUUGGUACCAUGACUUAGCUACUGCAGACAGUGAGCUGUGGAGAAUCCUGCUCAAUGGGAAGCCCUGGGCCCAGGCGAUCUCUGCUGGCUCUGGGAAUGGGUAUGACCUAUGCACAGCUCUGGAAUGUGUGUACAAACCCAGAGGUGGCUCCAGGGAAGAGGGGAAUUUGAGGGUGGAUUAGCAGGCUGUGGGAGGUGAUGGUGUAUUCUGCCGCUGUUUCCUUGGGACCAGGAGGAAAAGGGACUUGGCAGUCAGUCAUGGAGGAAGCACUGUGAGAUAGGUGACUACUCACCUGUUGGGUUGGGUAGGUAAGGAAUGGAUUGCUUUUCCAGUUCUGGGUUGAAGAGCCAGGGGAGCCCAGGUGGCCUAGGUUUGCCUCUGAGGGUCUGGAGGCCUCAGAGAGCUGAGGUUAGUGGAUGUGGGGCCUUAGACAUAGGAUGUAACUGCAGUUUUCCACCUAGAAAGAACUAAGUCACAGGAUACAGUGAGGAUGACAUGAGGCUGAGGAUGCGGAGGCCCCUUGUCAACCAAGAAGUGUGACACCAAUACCAAUGUGGUUAGCAGUGUCAGGAUGGCCCAGCCGUUGGCUGGCCUGGUUCAGCAGAGUGGAGCAGUCAUGCUGCCCCCUCUCAUGUCUGUGCCAACAGAGCCCUUUCUCUUAACCCCAGGCUCUGCCUCAGGGCCUAGUCAGCAUGAAUGAACAUUUUGAGACGUGCCCUGUGAGGGGAUUUUGUUUCUGUGAACAUCAUGGAGUGUGCAAGCUAACAAGCUUAUGACAUCACUAGGUGAUGUGAUCUCAGGGGACCAUGACAAACACACAGCCAUUGUCUGUGUCUGUAGCUGGCUGUUGCCUGGCACACGACAGGACUGCAGUCUAGGUAGCUCUUUGAGUCCCAAUGCCUAGUACUUGGUGAGCAAGGCAUUUCUCAAAUCUGGAAACAGAAGCCCCUCCAAAGGAAAUUUUGUUCCAGGAUGGCCGACCCACUGGGGCCGUGCUGGGUGUGGUCACCCCUGGGCAAUGUCCCUAGGUUGUUGCUUUAGGCCAAGAGUCAUUGAAAGAUCCAGAGACAGAGAGAGAGAGAGAGAGAGAGAGAGAGAGAGAGAGAGAGAGAGAGAGAGAAAGAUCCACUGUGACCUUUGUACAGCUGACAAAUUUGGAAUCGGCCCUCUUGAGACGGUGUAAAACAAGUGGUUAUUUCAGAGUUUUCAAGACUACAUUCGUUUUACAGCUCACGUGCCUGUUAGCACUGGCUUCUGCAGGGCUCUCGAGAAAGACAUCCUUGUCUGUGUCAGACGGUCUGUAAUGUGCCUCCCCUGGGCUUGUUAAAGCACGAAGACGCGGUAGGAGGCAAGAUCAAGACUCCCCAGUCCCGUUCCCAAUCUCAGGUCCACGCAAGGACGCUCAGUUCACUUUUCCUUUCCAUUUCCAUCUCAGCCUCCUGAUGAAAAUAGGAAGCACAGACAAACAGAUGACAAAGCAGGAACUGUCCUUGCAGCUGCCGCACGUUUUUCCUGACGGCUCAUUGUGCACUGAGCCUCUCGCUUGGGGUUCUCAGCAUGGCUGCUCACUGCAAUUACCUAGGAAGCUCUAAAGUGCGGCAAACCGGGAGCCUGCCCAGAGGAAGCUGACGUCUUUGACCUGGGCAUGGCUGUGGCCUUGGGCUUCAGGAAGGUAACCAGGUGAACGUCACAUGCAGCCACCUUAAGGACCUCUGCCCUAGACACGCAGAGGUAAAUAGCGAGGCCUGGGGGCAGAGGUAGGAAAGGUCUGACAGGUUGUGCUCCUGCUGAGCUUUGUGCUGGCUGUCUAAACAGGAAGCUUUAGAGGCCGUUUGAAAUAGGACAGCCUGUUCUGUCAGGUCCCAGAAUAUGUAUUUAUUAAGUGCCAUUAAAAGGGACCUGAACGAAAUUGGAUGUUCUUGUAGGCAUAAGGGAGAAAAAUGAAAUACACUUAGAACCAAGGCUAUCUCAUGAAGGGGAAAUAAAAAUGGAUUCAGGAAAUGUGGGUUAUGGUUUCUCAGACCAGGGGUGAGAUUAAAAGUCACUGGAGAGUGAGAGAAGGCACACUGAGAAGAUGGAGCCUGGCCUGGAUUUUCUCCAGGGGACUCUGUGUAAUGUGCCUUUUUACCCCCAAUGCCUAGAGUCAUUGCGCUGUGUCUUAUUUAUUUCACUCUUGGGCUGUCACGUGCAGACUCACCAAGAUAGUUGCCUAAGAAUGGAACAAAACUCCCAGGAGUUGAAGGAUAGUUCACAUGGUAUCCUUGCUUCUCCAAGUGAAAUCAGAACUCUAAUUUAACCCUUGGAGCACCAGCGUAGUUUAGGACACAAGGAGAAGAUUGUUUUAUCCAAGGGGAGAUGAAUGAAUUCUUGAUGAAUGUGAUGAGCAUGAUGUGAACUGCCAGCAAUAAAGGACUUUCUGUGACUCCUGCCA